AUGGUCGUCGGGAACUUCCCGAUAGCGAACAAGAUCGCCGUAGUUACGGGAGGUGGUUCAGGUAUCAACCUAGCCUUUGUAAAGUUGGCUCUAGAAGCCAACGCCAAAGUCCUCAUCGCGGACCUCAAGCUCACGCAAGAAGCCCAAUCCCUAGUUGAUAAUUCCAACAGCUCAGCAGUCUUCACCAAGUGCGAUGUCUCGUCUUGGUCAGAUCUCACGGCUCUUCCGUCUGAAGUAUCUAAAGCAUUCGRUCCUUCAGCAGUCGCAGACGUCUGGAUUGCUGGAGCAGGCGUCUUCGAACCCAAAUGGUCAUCCUUCCUCGCGGAUUCCGAGGAAGAGCAUUACAAGACCAUGUCCAUCAACGCGGAGCAUCCUAUCAAGUUGACCCGGAUUGCAAUGAGGAGUCUUCUGGCGGCCAACAAACCUGGUGUUGUACUGAUCGUGGCAUCGAUGGCCGGAGUCACGGGCUCGUAUACCGCCCCCCUGUACUGCGCAACCAAACAUGCCGUGGUGGGUUUCACAAAGUCCAUGACCCAGGCAGAUAAAGAUGAGAAUGUCAAAGUCGUAGCUGUACUGCCUGGAAUGGUCAAUACACCGCUUUGGACCGGUGAAAAGGCGAAGGAUGCGGCAGAUCAACAUUCAUUCACUCCAGAUGUUUGUGUAUCGGCUGAGGAGGUCGGGAGAGCUAUGAUAGAGAUGGUGCAAGAAGAUAGGUACCCAGGAGGAAGCCUUGUUGAGGUGUCGAAGACUUCUUUAAGGGGGCAGCUCGAUAGUGGGUUGGCGGAUAUACCGACUACGUCAUCAGCAGAAGCUUUGAUUGAGAAGAGCGCAGCUCCUAUCCGUGCAGUGUUCGAUAGGGAGAGGAAGAGAAGCUGA